ACUUAUGCACGUAGUUUGUAUACGAAACAGUAAGCUUAGGUGUGGGCUAAAGGCUUGAGCUUCAGACCGGGGCAGACGUAGCAUAACGAGGGUACACACAAGUCGCUUAGGUCACAAAUGCUCGCUUCGACCUCGACGAUCGCAUCACAGCUGCAGCAUCUAGUCCCAGUAUCGACAGGGGGCGCUGGGGCGCGUGGACUCGCUGUGCUGUCCUGGGGCCGGAACGUUGAAGGGCAAUGCGGCGUUGAGUCUUCCUUGCUGGUGCUCCGGCCCACGCCGAUUAUCGAGCUCCAUGACGCGCGAGUGGAGUCGCUGCAUGCCGGCAAGCUGCACAGCGGUGCUGUGACGGCCGGGGAGGCGUGGACAUGGGGCGACGGCAAGUGCGGCAAGCUGGGGCACGGCUCUGCUGAGCACACGCACACACCGAGCCGGGUGGAGAGCCUGGUAGGCCGUGUGGCAGUGGCUCGGCUGGCGUUGGGUGACCACCACACGCUCUUUGUGGACUCGAGCGGGGGCCUGUGGGCGUGCGGCGAGAACAAGGAGGGGCAGUGCGGGUUAGGCACGCCGGUGGAGACCAUCGCGGCGCAACACCGCAAGGCCUACUACGAAAGCUUCCGGGCGCUGCGGGACACGAUAGCGGCGGAGCCGCGAGCCAGCCGCGACCAGCGCGGCAAGCAGGUGUUGCAUGCGCUGCUGGGCAGCUCGGGGCAGCAGCACGCGGCGCAACACGCCGGCGCCGGCUGGGGGCAUGGCGGCGGGCAGGGCUGGGGCUCCGGGCGGGGCUCGGCUUGGCAAUCCCUGGCGGCGGCGGGGUCGUCGCAGGGCGGCGGCGCGGGCAACGUGUCGCACGCGGGGGCUCGCGCGGCGCUCAACUUCGGGGGUCUGGACUUUGAGGGCGCCUUCGCCUCGGCGGGUCUGCAGCCGGGGCAGCAAGGCACGCCGCUGCGCAUUGGGCGCGACCAGCACCCGCUCAUGAGCGCAUUGCAGGCCCAGGCAGCGGCGGCGGCAGCGGCGGGUGCGGUGGCAGCCGCCGCUGGCAGCCUGGCGGCGGCGGCCGGCAUGUCUGGCAUGGAGAACAACCUGCGUAUGGUGCUUCCCAGCGGCCUGGAGGGCGAGGCGGUGGUGGAGGUGGCAGCUAGCCGCUACUUCAGCGCGGUGCUGACGGCGGCGGGCGAGGUGUGGUGCUUCGGUGCCGACUACAACGGCAGCCUGGGGAGUGACAACAGCUGGAGCACCAGCGCGCAGAAGGUUUCGGGGCGGCUGGCGGCGGCGCUGGAGGAGGGCGGCGGCGCGGUGCGGGUGGUGGCGGGCGGAACCUUUUGCGCCGCGUUGACGGCGUCUGGGCGCGUCGUUCUGUGGGGGAAGGUGCCGGGUGGCGAGGUGGAGGCGGGUGCGCUGCUGGGCGGCGGCGUGGCCGCGGAUGGCGCCGGCAGCAGCGACGCCGACGGCAGCGUGGGGCGAGUGCUGGGCCUCACAGAGCAGGGCGUCGACGUUGUGCAAGGCGGGCGUGUCAUCGCCGGUGUCGUGCCCAACCUGCCGCCCAUCACCCACAUCGCGGCGGGGCAGCAACACAUCCUGCUGUCGGACGGCGAGCGCGUGUGGCAGAUCGGGCGGGGCUACGACGCGUCGGGCACUGUUGUCUCCACUGCACCCUGGCGACGGCCCGCGCUGGUACUCACACUUCCAGCCGGCGGGUGUGUGCGGCAGCUGACGGCGGGCAUGCACAGCAGCGGCGUGGUGUCGGAUGCCGGCGCCGCCUGGGCCUGGGGCCGCAUCCUGGACCGCCACCACGCCGACAGCGUGGUCCGGAGGCACCCGCACCUGGCCUUUGGUGAGGGCGGGGGCCACGUGGCGCCCUCGGCGGCGACGGGGCACGGCAGCGGCGGCGGCGGUGGCGUGUUUGAUGGGCUGGGUCGGCAUGGGGCGGGUGCGGGGGCGUGGGCGGGAGCGGGAGCGGGAGGAGGCAUGGCGCGGCACUCGGCGCCGCCGCAGCUGCACGAGGACGUGCGGUGGAGCUGGAGCGGCUUUGGCGGUCGCGAGCCGGCGCGGCUAGAUGGGCUGGGGGGACCGGUGCGGGCGCUGGCGCUGGGAGGCUGGCAUGCGCUCGCGCUGGUGGAGUGAGCCUGUGAGGGUGGGGCAUGGCCUGGGUUCGUGGGGCACCAUGCCAGCUCGGAAGAGCAGCAGGCAGGGCUGUUUCAGUACGGCGUGAGCAGCAAGCAAGGCAAGGGGUGAUGAAGCAGCAACAGAAGCAGCUGGAAGAUUCGUGUCAACCAUGCAGGGCGUCGUGAACUUUCAUCACUUACGUCUGUCAUCAUCAAGGUUGUGUGAAAGUGGUGGUCCAGUUCCCCGCGCAUUAGCGAUGGCUUUCGUGUGUACCAUAUAUGCUGCGCGCAUGCAUGCAGCAUGCUGCUUAUGAGCUCAACUAUAAGCUUUCUACAAAUUGCAACGGCGUACGUACAUUCAUGACCGUGAGCAGAUAGUUAGGGGGUUUGGCACGGUUUUGGGGCGUCGUGGCCGAAGCAAUACAACUGACGCAGCGGAGGCAAUGACAUGGUCAAAACGCGAUCGAUCUCGAUGGCUUACCAAUGGGUAUAGGGGCGCACGAUGCCGCCAGUGUGACUGUAUUAGUGGUGUGUUUCGUGUGGUGUGCUGCACAGGCAUGAACCUGCAAUUGUGACCCGGCUGUCACCCGGGUGCAGAAGGCUUGAUGAGGACGGCAGUCUCGUGCUGGGAUGCGAGCCAGGUCCAUUGUGCAUAGGUGUGCAUGAACCUGAACGAGCUCUUACUGAGCCCUCUCGACUACUUGGUGCACGUGGCAGUUCGAUCGCGGUGUACGCACGGGAGAUGGGUGCGAUGAGACAGGGUAAGGGACAGGCUGGCGUGGUCCCGUAAUGUGGGGCGUAGUCCCAGGGCUCAACAUUCAACAGCCACGUUGCGACAUCACGGCACGAGCGCGCGGCUGGAGUUACUGUACCGAGGCGUCGUGGUUGCUGGCAGGCUUGUAGUUUGCUGACGCACAUUCCUCGUGCUCCGGGCGCCCGGCCAGGCGCCGCAGGAGAUGUGAGGGUUGCUUGGGUUCGGUGCCGGUGAAGUUGUGGUGUCGCAGUCUGCUUGUGGAGCUGCGGAGACGCGCAUGUGCUGGCUCUGUGUGGUACUGGGACGAAGCUUACGGAGGCCGGGUCGGGGCGAGUG